GGUUUUUUUUCUACCACACAUAGAGAGGACAGGUUGGCGUAAGAAGCCGCGGUAUCCCUUCACUCAUGGCUCGGCUCUCUUUCGCAGAAGUGUGCCUACUGCUUCCGUUAGUGCUGGCCUUGAUGCUCAGCGCCGAGGCAGCAGCGAAGAGGCCAAAGACACUGAGAAGGCAGAAGAGAGAGUGGAUCCUUCCUCCUGCCAGGCUGUGGGAGAACACCGACUACAGUGGGAAGGAAUUCAUCGCCAAGAUUCGCUCUGAUAAAGACAAAGAUCAAAAGGUGGAGUAUCAUCUCACUGGAGCAGGAGCUGACAGGCCACCCUUCAACCUCUUCAGGGUGGACGCUGACACAGGGUUUGUACGCAUCACUGGUAUGCUGGACCGGGAGAAAUGCCCAUUCUACAACCUAACAGGGAAAGCUAAAUACAGAGAUGGGACCACAGCAGAGGAUGACAUCCCACUGGUGGUCACAGUCCUGGACAAGAAUGACAACCCUCCUGAGUUUGAGCUGCAAUAUGGCAACAUCACAGAGACCAGCAUAACAGAUACCUAUGUUAUGCAGAUCGUGGGGAAAGAUGCAGACGAAGAUGGAACAAUUAAUGCAGAGAUCGCCUACUCCAUCGUCAGUCAGGAGCCAGAAGGCACGGGUCACAUGUUCACUUUAGACCAAAAGACGGGCAAGCUGUACGUCAAAGAGCCCACACUGGACAGAGAGACUUUCGACUUCUACAAACUGGUUAUAAAGGGGACUGACAUGGGAGGGGCAGCAGGGGGACUAGAGGGGACAGGAACUGUGGAGAUCAAAGUCCUGGACAUCAAUGACAACAUCCCCGUACUGGAAAAAUCUGAGUACAAUGGCGCAGUGGAUGAAAAUGUCCAUGAUGUAAUUGUGAUGAGAAUCAAAGCUCUGGACGCAGACCUUGAACACAGCGACAACUGGCUGACUGUAUACACAAUCGCCAAAGGAAAUGAGGAAAAUCUCUUCUCCAUUGAGACAGACAAAGAAACCAAUGAGGGCAUCCUGAAGCUGAUCAAGCCUGUGGAUUUUGAAGAAAUCCAGAAGCUUGAGCUUGGCCUGCUCAUUGAGAACGUAGCUCCUUUUACGGAGGGUGGUGCUAUACUGAUGGAUGUGGACGUUCAUGUUGGAGAGGGCGGAGGCGGAGCCGGUGCCGGUGCCGGUGCCGGCGGCGGCGCCGGCGCCGGCGCCGGCGUUGGCGUCGGCGUCGGCGUCGGCGUCGGCGUCGGCGCCGGCGCCGGUGCUGGAGUUGGAGUGGGUGUUGGAGCCGGUGUAGAUGCAGGGGUAGACCUGGGAUUAGACUUAGGGUUGGAUGCUAGCCUUGAAGGAGGAGUGGAUCUAGGGUUGGAUGCUAGCCUUGAAGGAGGAGUGGAUCUAGGGUUGGAUGCUAGCCUUGAAGGAGGACUUAAGCCUGGAGUUGGGGUUAAGCCUGGUGUUGGGCCUGGAGUGGGGGUUGGACUUAAGCCAGGUGUCAAACCAGGACCAGGAAAAAAGCCAAGUGCACCGGCGAAGAGCUAUCCCAUUAAAAUAGCAGUAAAUAAUGUACCUGAGGGUCCAGCAUUCAGCCCUGACACCAAGCAUGUUCCUGUAUCAGAAGAUCCAAAAGAAGCACCGGAAGAUGGUGUGAUCGCAGUGUACACUGCCAUCGAUCCGGACACAGGAAAACAAGCUGAAGACGUCAGUUAUGCCAAAGCCUAUGAUCCAGACAACUGGUUUACCAUCGACAAAGAAACAGCUGAGAUCAAACUCAACAAGGUACCAGAUAGAGAAUCGCCUUUCUUGGUGAAUGGUACCUACAUUGCCAAGAUUCUGGCAAUAACCAAAGACAUGCCAUCAAAGACAGCCACGGGAACAAUAGCCAUUCAAGUCACUGACUCCAACGACCACUGUCCCACCCUGACCACCACCCAGAGCGACCUGUGCUCCGACAAAAAAACUGUUCAUGUUACUGGCUUUGACGAGGACGUGAGUCCCAACGCAGCUCCAUUUACAUUCAGAAUCAUACCCGAGGGGACACGAGGCAACUGGGAAGUAGAAGUCAUCAACGCGACGACUUCCGCUCUUCACUCCCGUGAUGCUCUGUGGCCCGGCACAUAUGAGCUGCAGGUGGAGGUGUCGGACGCUCAGGGUCUGUCUUGCCCGGCCAAUGAGGUUUUUAAAGUGGCAGUUUGUACCUGCGUGGAAACAGAGGGCUGCGGCCUGACAGGCAGUCAAGGAACUACUUCAUCUAAGCUCGCUGCCCCGGCCAUCGGCCUGCUGCUAAUGGCAAUGUGCCUACUGCUGUUCAUCCCUCUUCUCCUGCUGUUCUGUCAGUGUGGAGGUGCAGACACCAUCUUUCCCGACCAAUUUAGUGAUCUGCCAUUCGACGCCAAAGAACACCUCAUAUCCUACCACACUGAAGGCAAAGGCGAGGAUAAGGAAGUGCCACUCCUAAGUGCCCCUCUCACGUUGGGAACCCAGAAGAAAGUUGAGUCCGCAGCAGCAGCAUCGAACUUCAACACCGGUCUGUCGAAUUUCAAGGAAACUCACAAGACGACUAGGGUCUAUGAAACUCUGCAGGGUUUUCAGGAAACCGGCCAAAGUUUGAUGGAGGUUGACAACGUCUACAGGUCUCCAAGGCAAUCGUUCAACUAUGGCAAUAGCAGUACUUCAUUCAGCAGGGGAACAUUUCGUCGCCAACAAACAACAGAUCUGUAUGAGGAUAUAGCCCUCCCUGACGAUUACCUUGAUGAUUACUACUCACAGAAAGCGGCGUGCGCUCUGCCAGUGAAGGACGGUCUGCUGGAGUAUGAUUAUGAGGGCCAGGGCUCCCCCGCUGGCUCAGUGGGCUGCUGUAGCAUCCUGGAGUCUGACAACGACCUGCGGUUCCUCAAUGACCUCGAGCCAAAGUUCAAGACUCUGGCUGAGAUCUGUUCCCCUCCCAAGUCAACACCCAAACCUUCCCUGACACACAAAGUAACAGGUGCUGUCAAAACCACGGUUGAUAUUGUUGAACCAGUUGUUCAGCACAAAAUUGAGCGUAGUGCUGAAACAUACCAUACUGAUAUCAAGACAGAGAAAGUCAUGUCAUCUACUAACAUCUCCAAAUCAUCCGUCAGUACUGUAAGCGCUGCCCCGUCAUCCAUGACACUCCCUCCUCGCUCCAAGGUUACUAACAUCAGUCAUACCUCUAACAUCAGUCAUUCUGCUACUCUUCCCCGUCAAGCUCAGACAGUUAUACUACAGCAGCAGCAGCAGCAGCCAAUUUACUACACCACCAGCCCUAUGCUACAGCCCAUGCACUAUGUAGUUCAACCACAGCUUCAGAACACGGUUCUGCUGGCAGAUGGGGCCCAUGGAGGCAAUUUUCAAGGCCUGUAUGUAGUCAGUGGGCCCCAGAGUCCUUCUUCUGGACUUGUAAUCAGUGGACCCCAAGUCUCUUCUUCUGGACUUGUAAUCAGUGGACCCCAAGUCUCUUCUUCUGGGCUAGUUAUCCAGGGCUUUGGGAGCCCCAAAAGCCCUGCCAGCCCCGCCAGUCCAGUAAGCCCCACCUUUUUGCUACCUGGCAGCCCAGGUGUGUCUCAGGGCUCAGUCCCUGCGGAGGGCUGGAAAAUAAUAGGGCCAGAUCCUGGUGGUAACUUUAUGCUAGUAAUGGAUGACAGUGGUCCAGGUGAGGCAAAGGGGGUGGACCCAGGCUCAUCUCAGGGCACUUUGCCCAGAGGUGCUAUCCUGGUAAAAGAGGCUGCUCCCCCUCAGGGGGUGUUAGGCCCAGCAGCCCAGGGAAGUGUGUAUGGCAUUCUGCCAGGACACACUGUUGCUAAUGGGGGGGGUUAUGUUGCAGUAAAUAGCAAUUUGGGGCAAACAUGGUUUGGACAGCCAGGGCAGAUAGGGUUAGGGCCGGUCGAUGUUUUGGGAGUUGGUGUUGGACAGCCAAGAAUGGGAUUGGGACAUGUGGUGACGGUGCAGCCAGAAGUCAAACAGGCAGGAAUUUGGCCCGCUGGGAUGAAUCCAGUUGGGAUUAGGCAGGUCAGUGUAAACCAGUUCCAAGGAAUUCCACCUUUGGAGCAAACAACUCAGUUUAAAACAUUUACAAUAGAUUCACCGAUCCAAGAGUAUCCAACACAAACAUCCGAAAAAUAUUCAAUUGUAAAUCUUGAGGAGGAUAUUGAGAAAUUAUUAGCAAGGCCAGAUGUACUGCAGACAUCAUUGGAGCAGUCUGACACAGUGGUAGAGGAACUAGGAGAUACAAUAGACGAUCAGUUGAAUAAAAUCACUGAAGCUCCAACAAACACAUUUACCGAUGUCAUCAGUCAAACAGCAGAAUCCAAUGACCCACAGCAGAACGCAGAGGAAGAACAAUCAGAACAGCAGGAGAACUAUGUUCCCUCUGAAGGGUUUUCCCAGGAAGAUAUAUCUGGAUCAGAUGUCACAUUUACUCAAGGAGAGGGAGACCACAUCAACCACAUCAAUCAAAUACAUGAUAGCACAGAACAAAAUAUGGGCAGACAGGAAGUGUCACCUUUGAAAGAAGAAGAAGAAGAAGAAGUGGAAGAAGAAGGAAAACCUGUUGCGCUCUGCAUGGUUGCAGGUCCAGAGUACAGAAGUGCUGACGUUGAACCUCAAUCAAAUGAAGUCACAGAGGAUCAAAGUAACAGAGCCCGGGAGGAAGAUGUCAGCCCAGCAGAGAAAGUUGUUUCAGGCUUAGAAACAAAUCAGGUCAUUGCCACAUCUGAUAGUAUCCAGGCAGAAGAGAAUAUGGAGGAAAUGACUACUGUCACCGGAGAUUCACAAGAAGAGGUUAAGGCAGAGCAGGAGCAACUGCUAGAUUCUGAAAUAGGACUCAGUACUGCGGGUGACGAUUUGUCAGCAACUCCUCCAAACGAGAGUUCGACAGACACCGUGAAUGCGUCUGAAGAGAGGUCCUCCACCGAUCAAGAAGCAAUGCCAGAACUACAGGUGGAUCAUAGUGAAGGGAGUGAGAUAGUGGAAGGACAUGCAAAUACAGAUGUUGCUGAUUCUGAAUCAAGAACGUCGUUGCAAACUUUGAGCACUGUUUUAACUGUCCAAGAAGAAGAAGGAGAUCUGGGUGAUUCAAAUUUGAAAUCAGCAUUAGAUGAAAUUACCACUGAAGUACAAGUAGAGGGCUCCGCUGUGCCAGCCGUUUUAACAUUAGAGCAACAUCUGCACACAGCAGAAGAUGGUAGCGCUGGCCACAAAGAAGAAGAAGAUGAUGAUAGUCAACAAAAUAUGUCCGAAUCAGGAGCAGGAGAGGAUCAAGUCAAUGCAGAUGCAAACAGUAUAAGUGACGGAGAGAAAGAGGAGAGUAUUGUUGAGGAUGGAGUGUCACAGCAGGGUUUCAGUACCUCUGAUGACCAAGACACCGUGAAUGCGUCUGAAGAGAGGUCCUCCGCCGAUCAAGAAGCAAUGCCAGAACUACAGGUGGAUCAUAGUGAAGGGAGUGAGAUAGUGGAAGGACAUGCAAAUACAGAUGUUGUUGAUUCUGAAGCAAGAACGUCGUUGCAAACUGUGAGCACUGUUUUAACUGUCCAAGAAGAAGAAGGAGAUCUGGGUGAUUCAAAUUUGAAAUCAGCAUUAGAUGAAAUUACCACUCAAGUACAAGUAGAGGGCUCCGCUGUGCCAGCCGUUUUAACAUUAGAGCAACAUCUGCACACAGCAGAAGAUGGUAGCGCUGGCCACAAAGAAGAAGAAGAUGAUGAUAGUCAACAAAAUAUGUCCGAAUCAGGAGCAGGAGAGGAUCAAGUCAAUGCAGAUGCAAACAGUAUAAGUGACGGAGAGAACGAGGAGAGUAUUGUUGAGGAUGGAGUGUCACAGCAGGGUUUCAGUACCUCUGAUGACCAAGACACUGAAAGACAAUAUGCUUUGACCACGGAGGAUGAUUUAAUCUCAGAUGACAACAUUAAUGAAGAAGAGAACGAUGAAGAGGAAAUGGUGCAACAAAAUGUAAGCUUCUCAGAUGACCAAGAUGAAGAGAGUCCAAAGGAAGAUUCAUCGCACACAAGUUCUCAAGUGGAUGAUACCUUAAUCUCAGAUGAUAACAUAAAUGUUCCAGAGAAAGAGGAGGAGGAGGAGACUCUGGAGGAAGCGGCGUUAUCCAUACAGCAACAUGUUAGCAUCACAGAUGAAGAAAGCGAAGGAGAAGAUGCACCAGGUACAAGUUAUCCUGUAGAGGAAGAAGGCAUUCUGACGUCAGAGACUGAAUGUCUAUCCGAGGAAGAUCAGGUGGCAGCAAUGUCAAAGGUGAUUGAAACUGAAGUUGUUACACGUCAAGUAAGGCAAGGGGUGGAUUCUUCUCAGAUAGGAGACAUAACUGUGGAUAUUCCUGAGGGACUAGAUACUGCUGGUCAAGCGUUAGUGAGGGGUGCUAACAUGGAUGGUUUAGAUGAUGUGGUCACAUCUUCAGAGGAACUGAGAUCAUCCAGGGUGGCCACAGGACAGGUUCCUAUGUCCAGUGAACAUAAAGGGGCCAGUGGUAGCAUAGUGGCAUCUGGAAACGUAGCUGAAGGUAAAACAAUUCAGUCUGAUUACCAGAACACAGACGUAAUUCAAAUUGAACAGAGCGAGAGUGGAGUUCUCACUUUGGAAAAGGGCAAAGCAGAGGUCCCUUUUGACCUUGAGAUUACAGAGGGAUUAGAUACUAGUGCAACUAAUGCAUCUGCUCAGGUAUCACCGACAUCUUAUUCAGAGAUUGAAGUGGUGGACGAGACCAUAUCUUCAGUGCUGGAAACAGACCCAGGCUCGGCAGAGACAGGAACCGCAAGCUUUAUUGCAACGAGCGAGGUAGCUGAGGAGGCUGGUUACCUCGUUCAGAAUGAGAGUGUGCACAUGACUGGAGAAGCGGCAGGGGUAGGCCCAAAUACUUUAGGGAAAGUUGGCUCGACUUUGCUGGAGGUUGGGUCAGAAGCUCCAAAUUACAUGCAUGAGGCUGAAGCAAGCGGUGGCGAAGUGAAUCCCGCCCAGCUUCAAACUCCUCGGAACAAAUCCAGAAAAAGUAAAAAGGACAAGAAUCCUCAAAGUUUAAAAAGCCCCUCUGAAAAGUGUAAACAACAGUGAUUGCUUUCAGUUUUGAAGCUGCAACUAUAGCAACUAUACAGUAACCCAUAGCGUUAAAUGUGGAAGUGGUAUGCCCCGGUUGAAUUGGCAACUCUACAAAACGGAAACCAGAACGCUUCCGAUUACCAAAAUCUAGUCCCGCUGCUACAGAUUCUACAUGUGAAUGCAGAAUCUGUUUAUAGAGAUUGGUGUGGGGCACUGUUGACAUACUCAAAACACAUGUAAACCCAGACACCAUAGUGUGUUGACAUCUUGACCUAGGCAGAUUGAAUUGCACCAACCGGCAAUGAUUUAAGUCAGUGCAUCAGGACACUAUUCUGUUGUAAUUCCCAGUGUUGAUGUGGGUCACAGAUGCAGGAAAGCACCAGUUUUGUGUCAUUAUCGUUCAUCAUCGUCAUUCUAUUUGUAGAAGUCUCUUUCCCUGGGUCAGGUUGCUGCUGCGACUGAAAUUGGAUUGAAGGUGAUGGGUACUACCCUGUAAUUUUCUUUUUAAUUUUUUGUAGGAUGAGUUUGGUUUACAGGCUAGUGGCUGUUUCUAGUGGUCUAUGCCUAUGAUUUUUCCACUGUCCUGAUUUGUCAUUGCAGCCUGGCUUGGUGCUGUUUGGGCAUGUUACCAAUGCCAACCCUGUCUCCUGCAAAAUUACGUUCCCAUUCAACUGAACUGAACUCUCAAUGAUGUAUCGAGGGAAAUGUAUUUCCUCCCAGAUUAUAGUCACAGUUUUAAACAUGUGGUUAAUGUUGUAAAUUGAAACAAAAAACAAAAAAUGCAACAAAACUACUUGGUUAGGUUCAGGCCCAGAUCACCCAGAGUGCGUUUUAGCAGCCUGGUGCGGCUUUUUGUAAUUUGUUUUCAGUGAGAGUGAAGCAUUUUGCAUUUGCACACUGAUUUUGCAUGGCUGAGCGCCUAGUGUUUUUCUGUUCUGUGUGCCCCGAGUUGAAAAAAUCACAACUCGUUGUGGAAAAGCGCCCGACGUCAUUCGCGUUCUUUGUCAUUGUGGUGAUUUUUGCUGGAUACCCGGAGCUUUAUGACUUUACUAACCGUAGUUACCAUGAUCUGAACAGAAAACAGCAGGAGGCAAAUUAGUGCGGUAUUUGAGAUUUGGGGUAGGCUAAGUUGUUUUCAUUAAAUUAAAGGGAUAGUUUUUUUGUUUUGAAGUGGGGUUGUAUGAGGUACUUAUCCAUCCAUAGUAGGUGUAUUACUUACAGUAGAUGACGGUUGGCGUGCUACCCAGCUUGGACAAACAGACGGGAGCACCGACACCGGAGCCAAGCAAUACAGUGCUGUGGAUGUGGAUGCAGUCAGACAGCCCUUUCCUUCUCCUUUCUGACAGAGAACUGAACUGAAAGUAAAACUUAUCUAUGCUCUCACCAAAGCCAGCAGGCUCAGAUGGCAAAAACAGUAUCAGUAUAGGUUCCCUGUUGGAAAAAAAAAAAGGUUUUUCUAACACCCCCCAUCCACAGCACUGUUGCUUUGCUCCGGUGUCGGUGCUCCUGUCCGUUUCUCCCUGCUGGGGGUGUGCCGACCAUCAUUUACUGUAGGUAAUACAUCUACUAUGGAUAAGUACCUCAUACAACCCCACUUCAAAACACCCAAACUAUCCCCUUAAGCUGUACUACUGACUAUUAGGUAGCAUACAGUUCAUGGUUUGUCUGUAACUGUAGAAAAUGUCACAGACAGCACGCCUCACGUUUUCCACCUGCACAGUGCACUCUGUCUGAUCAGUGCCUUAGGCAACAAAACUACUUUGUUGGUUUAGUAAAAAAACAUCAUAGUUUGGCUUAAAAUUACUACGUUUGUUCCAAUAUUUAAGCUACGGACGUAAAUUACGAUAAGUGAACGUUGACUUUUGGUUUUGCAUGUGACACCAACAGCAGUCUACCGGUUGAAAGUCCCAUCCCCCCGACCUCCUCUCUAUGCGGAUGAUAACAUAAUUUUUAGUAGCCAGGGCUGUAUCAAGCUCACGUGUCAAACUAAAAACAGAACACUCUGAAGUACCGAUGUGUAAAACAUUUGUGAAAUCCGACAUUCAAAGGGUUUAGUUUGCCAAAAAAGUAUUCUCUGCUGCAAUUUCGUGAUUUUUGAAGUGGCACAGUCCUCGAAGUUAAGUAUAUUGUCUACUGGUACUUUAUUUCACAGGCUACUAAAUAGACAAGAGUGGCAGAAGACCGAACACGGUUGAGUUCAGCAUAUUUUCACAUUACAGUGAGCUUACAUAACUUUUGCAGAGCGGCGGGCCACUUUGGGAACAAGUGACAAUUACAGGAAAGGGUAAAUGCUGAAACAUGACAAACUGUAGAGUAACAGUAGCACAAGUAGACAAGAGACCUAAAGUCAGUGAACUGACUCAACACACAAAGCAAUAUAAGGUUUGUUGACAUUAGCUUAACUUUAGCCAGCAUAACCAACUGGUCUUACCAGACCAGGAAAGGCUAUAACAGCAACGGAUGGGAAAUUCUGUUUUAUGUGUCUGUCAAUUCAUCAUAAUUGAAAAUACAAUGAUUGUUUUAUUGCUUUGAUUGAUCACUAAUGAAAACAGCUUUUACAUAAUCAGAAAACAUGUAUAAAUUCAUGAGAGCUGUUGUCUGUAAAAAAAAGUUCCAAUCUUGUGUUUAGAAUAUUGGUGGUGGGUUGGGCCAACCCUUUUGUUUACAAUUACUUGCAUAUCGAGACUUAAAUAUCAUGCAUAAUGUAUCUUUCACUAUCUUUAUUUCAUCGUUACCAUAUAGCCAUGUUUGUGUUGUAGGCAUCUUUUCUUACUGGAUGAAAUGUAAAUGUAAACAACUACUAGAACAUGUUUAACCGGUUGUAAUGUAAGUAGGAGAAGCUGUGCCGGAUUUUCGAGCACAUUUGUCUGAACCUGCAUGUGGGAGUUAUUGUGUUUAAGGAGUCAUUUGAUGAUUUCAUCUUCUUGUCAGGGGAAAUAAUUUACAUUACUUUUUAUUAAAAUGCAAUCUGGGAAUUC